AAAUGCAACGUGAGCGCGACACACAAAGGCGCGAAAUUUGAGUGGGAAACUGCGGUAGCCGUUUUACAUCUGUCAUCACUCGCAUUACCCUCGCAUUGUAUGACGGAGGUCAAUGCUCUUCUAUGUUUCUCUGGCCACUUCACUGCUGAGACUUCUUCUGUUUAUAUCCAAAUUGCAGUUCUGUUUUGUUGUUAAGUAAUUCGAAUUAUCCUGGAAGGAUUUUCUUCGAAUCUUGCUAUCGCGGAGGUGGUAUUUUAAUUCGCGAAGAUGCGCUUUGCAGCGCUUAGUCUCUACGGCCUACGAAUUUUGCCAGGGUCUUGGUCUUACCUCGAUUUUCACGAGUCAAAAGACGAACGAUGUUCACAGACAUGCAAAAAACGGUGACCUUUGGCAUACCUUUUUUUACCGUUGGUCUAUCUUGGAGCAACCAUCCCGCGCCAAUGCAGCGCUUAGCAGUGACGGCAGUAAGUCCGUUUCCAUCCGUAGGACAUGUCGUAAUGUACCAUCCGUACCAUCUCUUUCACACAACAAGAAUUACAGGAUGUGAGCAGCUGGACGGAUUUUGCGGUACACUGCUGAACACGCGUCAAGUCGGUCUGAGUAAACAUACAGACGUUUCUUCGAGAGCGUUUUUCUUUCCUAUGUUACAGCGGUGUCUGAGAUCAGACCCGAAAACUCUCUCAACUCUCACGGGGUGAAAUGAAAGCAUGACCGGAGAGGUAUACACAUGAACUUGUUCACACACUUGUCUUGUACCCCUACAAAGAGAACACUUCUUUUCAAGCCAGUCCAAGAAGUAAGAAGUAAGGAAGUAAGACUUUAUUCUCCUUCUCUCUCGUCUUUAAGGUAAGCAAGCGGUUCUUGAAGCUUUAUUGCAAACCUCCCGGUUCUUUUUCUGUGUAACCAUCGUCUGUUUGCAGUCUUGUAACAACAAUUUUGCGGAACACACGUAAGUGCAACUUUUCAUUGCCCAAGUUCAGUCGUACCCUAUCUCUAGUAAGAACAAAAAAGAAAGUUUAACUAUGUUCUUUACACGAUUAUUAGGCUACUGUUAACACUUGGAAAUCACCAAUGAACGAUGACAAUUUUGUAAACGAAUGCUAUGCAGCCUAGAAACAUUCUUUCACUUUCAAGUUUGAAGGAUAACUAGCUUAAAAUGAAAAGCUCUCUGACUUUGCUCAUGUUCUACAAUUGUUAGUUGUUAAUUCUGAUUUUUCGAGCCCUCGAUUUUUUAAAACUCCCGAUUACGGUAUUCGAAGCAACUAAAUUGCGCCCUUGGCAAACAGUUAGCGGAAAAUUAUCCUCGAUUUCUCUGUCCAACGUCCUGAGCUUUCUGGUAGCAGUUUCUGUUUCCAUUGGACUACGUGGCUCGAAAAAUAUGGCUUAUAAUAUACAAUGUUCCUUUUUCUCACUAAGACCCUGAGAUUUUGUGUUACAUGCAUUGAAUUGUCAUCCAUCUUAAGGAUAACUGCGGGAGCUUGUCUUGUUUUCACUUACUUUUUAUUAUCUUUUGACAACAUGGCCUGCAUGAAUCAGGAAAAGUGAGCCGAUUUAAUUAAGAGUCCAAGAAAAGAUAGCCAUGAAUCUUCUAGGCUUGUCAAUUAGUUCUAAUUAAGUUAUAACAUGAAGGUGCGAGUUUAGAAGCAAAGUGCUACAGUGUGGCUGAAAUCACAGCGACUCAAUAAAGCGCUUACUUUUUUUAUUUCUCUCUGUUUUAAUAGUGCAACAUUCGAGUAACAAUGAGUCAAAAAUCUACCGCUGCCAAGAACAGGUGAAAAACGUGGUGUUUUAUUUUUGUACAAUUGUUGCCUAGUUUUUGUUAAAAAGCAGGUAUAUCGCCAUAAAAGUGUGUUGAAGGUGUUAAAAAAAGUCGCACCGAGAAAUACCGCGGAGACAUAAUGAAAGACACCAAAAAUGGCCACCUGAAAGUGGAUGGAUUCUGCGCAGUGGAAGCAAGUCGGCAGAUGGACUUUGACAAUUUCAUGUGGGACAAUAACGCACGUGGUACGUCAGUGUUCGCGUGCGCCUCUCAAGCCGCGGAUUAAAACGGAAGACACAUCCAUAGCACUAAUUGUUCAACAUACUCUGACUUAAAUUACAACCAAUGAUAGUAGAAUCUAAAUAAUUAGCUUAUAGGGAUGGUUUAUAAUUUGUGCUUAAGUCUUAAGUUUUCUUUUUUCCUCGUUCCUCAUUCUUCGUCACUCGUUGUCCGCGGUAAGAGAAAUCUCAUUUAGAUUCAUAGAAAACUAGACGGUUGAUGUUAUUUUUUCGCCAAAUGAAAUCUUAGUAAGUAUUCGCCGAAUUGAGUUAAUUUAUUGAGUAAUCUGUUAAUGUAACAAGUUUCAUUGCUAUGGCAGAUGCAAAAGUCGUGUGGAUUACAGCGUUGGAGCUCAUUAACUUAAAUAUCAAACUGACUGGGUAAAUCUCUACAUGCUCGUUGCUUUCCUGGUUAUUUAGCUCGACUCAAAACACGAUUCUUUUUCAUUUUCGGAAGACGCGACAACAUAAGAAGAAGUUAACGGCACAGAAAAACAAUUCGUUAUUUUAGGGCUUUCACGAUAUAAGAGCUGUAAAUAUGAAUUUCUCAUUCAUCGGUCUGCCUCGAUAUUGGAACUGAUUGACAACAGAGCGUAGAUUAAGAAAUGUUCAGAAAAUAUCUCAGCCACGUUGUUAAAAACACAACAAUGGAAAAGCUGCACAAGAACGAUAUUGGAGUUAUUUAAUAGCCUCAAUAUUCAUGUCUGCUCGUGCCCUUUUGUUUGGAUUUCAGAACGAUACUACUAUUAUUGACUUGCCAUUGGACUCGAAUCAGUAACAAUAGUCUUUUAUUUCGCUUAAAACAUGUGUAUAACAGGUUCCGUGCUACAGAAAGCGCACACACGCGCGCGCCACCAUAUUUAUCCCAAUUACCAUGAUUAUGCUGAUAAUCUCCAUAAACCACUAUGUUCAAGAGCGACUUUCCCUAUCUAGACUGUUUGUCUUGGUGAGAUGUCGAACAAUUCCUUUUCUUCCCGUGUUACAGACUCCGCUUGGAGCUUAUUUAGGGAAACGCGCCAAAGGAAUGCCCUCCGGGGCAAAUUUCUCUUUUUCUCCUCCCGGGAAAGAAACAGGAAAAAAGCGGAAGAAAUUGCUUGUAUUGUGGUAUCUUUUUGGUGCGUGGCCAGGCCGUUUUCUAACAAUGAAUCUCUGUCGGAAGAAAUUAUCAUUUUCAUGAAGAAAUUGUGCCAUCUGCAGAGUGUUUAUCUUGUCGCAAUUUUUCUUUUCGAGUUUCAUUACGCUGAUUUGUAAGACGAGUAUACCAUAACCCUGCGCUAAAGCUUUCAUUCUCUUAAAACAGCUGCCAGACAUCACUGUAGUUGCUUUAAGAACAGGAAAAAAUAAAAAGACUUCUGAAGAUAUUGUCCUAGAUAUCUUAGAGCACUCGUUACAUUGAACAAUUGCUUUCCAAUCUUUCAAAGAGAAAUUAAAAUUUGAUGUCGUUUUAUUACUAUUUUUGAAUGUUUAGGUUCGGAUCGCUCUUUUGGCUCUCAAGGUCGUACUCGGUUUACUAAAUUUGUCAAUGUUAAAUUGCUCGCGAAAUCUUUUUGACGCUUAUUCAUUUUAUAAUGUGCGGCUUACGAUAUUUACCGGCAGAAAACCGACCAAGUUUCACGAAAAUUCAGAAGUUGUCGCGGUUCGUGAUUUCGUUCGUCAGAUCUUUGGUAGACCGCAUAAAAGCUUGCAAUUAUCUCUUCGAAGCAGUUUAACAAAGCCACGAAAUUGUUUCUUAUAACAAGCCUUUCGUGUCGUGUCGGUUAUAUCUAAACAAGUGUUUAUAUAUCGCCCCAAGAAUCCAAAAUUAUCUUUGAGCCUCUUUGUUCUCUUCAAAGAAUGAGUUUUUCAACUAAGUAAAUUAAACCAUUUCAUCGUGAAUAUUAGGCUAUUUGUGGCACGUGGCUUGGUGUACAAGAGCCACUGUUAUUUUGUAAACUAUCAACACUCACUGUUUCUCUCAAAGAGGACUCAAACCUUCUGUUGCUAAACCGACCAAAGGCGUCGCGAGCGAAGACAAGAUUUUCUCAAAGACAUCUUUGUUCUUCUUUUGUUAGUUUCGUCGUAAGAGGAGCCGCGGUAAUGAAAGCAGUAUCAACAAAUGAAAUAAUUUUACCGCCUUCCCGAUGGCAGAAUUUAGCGAGGAAUAAAUUCGGCAAACACUCUUAACUUUCGAAAUUUAGCUGGCGAGUGAAAUAGUUGUAAUUCGUCUGAGCGGUGCCCUCCACUGAGCCAACUUUAAACAGCUUUGGUAAUUACUCUAAUUAACAAUUUUGAUUACGUCCCCGCCGUAAGAUUCCUUUUGCGAUGGAAAUUGUCUCUGGCCAUAAGUUUCGAUAUUGAUGAACGGUCGUUUUAGCCAGUGACAAGUUGGAGAGAUUUGAAUUGUUUUUGACAGUCUAAACCAAUAAACACGUUAAUUUGGUUGAUGAAAAUAAUUACGACUGUCAAUUAGACUCCAAGGAAAAACCAUUUCUCACAGCUCGCCUCUGCACCUGCGAGAUUUGCAAGUGAAAUCAGCCCUCAUACAAUGGCCAGGUUCAAUUAGAUAUUGUUGGGUAGCCCUAUCACGUUCACCUUCACAAGACCGUCCACAAUAGAUAUAGCGGUUUGUUCCAAAGGGACGUAGAAGAAAAAAAAACCUGAUUCUCUUGAAUGAAUCGUCCAUAGCGUUUGCAGGUUUCCUGUGAUUCUUCGCGAGGGAAAGUGAGCGCGUUGUCGUAAUUGGAAGGUUUGUGGAAAGAAGUUGCGAAAGGUUUCUUAAUUUCCGGAAUAGCUCGGGAAGUUCUAGGAAGGCCUGCUGGAAGCGCCGCGCUACCGCACACUCAAAAAAGGUGGGUAAUGAUUUUUUGGCGCUUGAAGAAAGCGUUCACAAUGCAGUAGGGAGCUUUUGAGCCUGGCCAAAGCAUGGCAAACAGUGGUUCAAUCUGUCGGCUUGUUUUUCGUUAAAUGAAUGUAAUUCGAAUUUAUGUGAACCAUCAUGAAUCAUUAAUUGAAUUUAGCGAAACAACGUAAAGCUUGACGUUCGACGUUUUCCCCUCGAUCAGAUGCAAAUUUCGAUUGAAGGCAACACGAUCGUUUUGUUUUACACUAAAUUCUACAGGAACGUUCCUCGCGUCCAUCUUUUUAAUAAAACAAACGGAUCCUUAGAAAAAAGGUGGUGUUCAAGUCAAAUCAAAUUAGUGUUAUCUGAAGAAUUCUUAAUAAAUGAAACGUUUUCUGAUUAUUCACAAUCGAAAAGAUGAUAGUAUAAAGCCAUUGCGAGAAAUUCCUUUAGAAAAAUUACCUCGUAUAGUUAAAAUAAAGCUAAGGAAGUCGGAAAUCAAAGUUUUGUGGUAGUAUGUGCAAAUGAAAUGAAUCUGUUCUAAGGUUCCGUAGAGAUAGGGUGUUCUCAACAAUCGUGAUUUUAUUUUUUCAUUCAAACGCUUUUGCAGUGCUGUAAUAAUUACGCUUUUGAAAAAACUCCUCUUCUGAAUGGUGCUUUUAAAAAAAAAAACGAAUUUGCCGUUCUUUUUUUUUUUUUUCUUUGCCUGGCGCGUCCAAACAAUUAUCACUUUGAUUUUAGACCGGCUUGGACCGUCGUGCCGACUCUCCUGUACGGUUGAUUUAAGGUGUCGGCUAGGCUAUGUUGUUAUUCUUAACCUCGAUGGUGGGUGUUUUCCAAAGUGUAUCGAUUUUAAUACUAAACCUAGACGCUCAGAAUUGCGGGAAAACAUGAAAAAGAGUGAGACAGAUAUGCAUAAAGACACCUAUAGCAUUGCUCGAAAACUGUCGAAUUGUGUGGCGAUAGAUGUAGUAGGUUUGUUAGUGGCUAGGUGACUAGGCGCAGACCGAUCCCACACCAUCUGCAGCCCACAGACCGGACGCUCGAUCGGCCAAAGCGAUAUGUGGCUCUACUCAUUGCACAUGUUAAUCUAGCGUGAAUUAGAGCAAAUUAGUUCCAUUUAAGGUUUAAAUCUAGAGUGAAUGAAGUUUAAUUCUUGUUCGGCGUUUUGCUGGUGAAAAACAAGCUCGCUGUAGGAUAAUGUUUUGCAUUUAUUGAAAUUUUCGUCUCAAUACAUCGCAGCUGCGUGCGAUUUUGUGUUGAUUUCGAACCUAUUUUUCUGUUCUUCUUUAGCAUUCUUUUCCACUGUCUAAAAGUCUAUCUUUCGGCGGCUUGUCUUAUAUUAUCACGCACACUAUAUAACUGAAUUAACCCUACACAAAGGGUCUUUACAAAAGUUGCAGAUAAGCUAUGUUCCGCUAAGUGCAUUUAUUUAAAAGGUGCCGGGAUUGUGCAGGUGAAUAAUUUCUUUCUUUUAACUUCAACCAUUCGCUCUGGCUAGGUUCGAGAGCUUGAAAGUGCUUUCUGGCACUUGACAAUGCCGUAAAUGUUUAAAUUACAACAUUUGCCGCACUUUAUGCAGAAUAAACAGUUUAUGGAAUGACAGUGUCGCUCUUUUGAAGCCGUUUACUUAGUCUGAAAUAAGUAGCUGUGUCUUUUUACCAUUAAAGCACGUGUUUUCUGUUUUCUGCUGUGUGCCAAACCAUUAAGCACUACUAUUGCAAUACCACUAAGCCAGAGUUGUUGCUUUAAACAAAAUACUCAAUAGUAUAAACCUUGGGUGAGUGAAUACAUAAUAUUUGUCUCUACCCUAUCGCGAGCGCGUGGGACAAAGCACUACUCCUAAUUUUGUAAUCUUAUUAUCGUAAUCUUUUUCAUGGCAGUGAUCUAAGUGACUAUUGCUUAAUUUGCGGUGUAUGUAUUUAUGACUGCUUCUGUGAAUUUAAUUGGAAACACGAUUUUCUGACACGAAAUUUGAAUUUUAAAGAAGAUGAACAUUUUCUUGAAACGAGUGUUAGUUUGUGUGUUGCGCGUAUGGUAUUUUUAGCCAGUGCCAUUCUGGAAGAGUCCUGCCGUUUGUGGGGUCCUUGUGAGAAUAGAAACGGAUCACUCUUUUUAUUUUUUCUACUUCUCGCUCGAGGCUGAAGAUCAAAAUUGAUGGAGUGCCGCGGAGCGUUUGUCAGUUCGAGUCUAAAUUACAUCAAAGAUGAAGUAUUUUUACAUUCAUUCAUGUCACUUUGUCUCGCGCCUUUACUGAUAAAGAUGUUUCUUUCUAAUACAUUUGUCUCAUUUACUCUUUUUAAAUGCUGUGUUAAAGAACGACGAAGUAGCUGGGCUCGAGUUUAAUGACAGUACGCUGAAAAAAGCAUUUUCACCGUUGGACAAUAUAACACAAAAAGUUUUUUUACUUCCUUUUGCGAUGUGUUGUCAGAACUCGUUCUACGUUGAGUUUUGAACAUCCGGUAACAUAAAUAGACAUUCAGUUCCAUUUGGCUUGUCUGAGAGAUAAAACUUGCAUAUGGAACGACCGUUUUCGCGGAUAAAUUACGAAUUACCGACAACAAUAAGUAGGGAAAGAAAGGACAAAGAAAACACUGAAACUUAAAGCGAACAAACAUAACAUAAUGCUGUGAGACUUGCGGCUGUCAUUAUAUUCAGGGUAACUGAGAAUCAGACGUUUAUAAAGACUUGCCAGCCUAAUUGAACUGGAGCUUGUCAAUAAAAGCCUUAAGUGCUCACGUUACCCGAGAUGAAACAGAGGUCUGUAGUAAAGCUUUUAACACUGGCGCAGACAACCAUGUUUAUUAAAAUGAAUGCACAUGGUUGCGCAUCUUAUUUGCGCACCAAAGAGGAGCACGUUGAGCGCAAAGUGAAAUUCACCGGUGCUCACUGGUUGCAAUUUUCACCCCCUGUUGAUUCAUUUUAGAGCAAAUCACCGUGUGGAACAUUUUGACUUAGUAACAGCAUAAUCAGUUACAGGUACGUUUGUAAUACAUUGGACGCUCACCAGGUGACUUUUCGAUGCCGAAUUUAAUGAACACUCUCAUCGCAAGAAAUAACAUCGUUCGCUUUGGAUUGCUAAAUUAUAAGAAACAAUAUUUGGGGUUGUCUGCAGUUUAUCUCACCGCACAGGUGUCAAAAUCUUUAAGGCGUAUUAUAUGAAAAAAGAAAAACUUGGAAUAUUCAAAGUAACAGCAAGGAUCAAAAUGUGACAUUUCCCCCUUAGUUACAAGCUAUUUAUCAUGUUUUCAUUGUAAGGUAAACUUUCUUGUAAUGUCCAUUUGGCGACAGUGUGGUUUCGAUCUUAGGGGCUGUUUGUUAACGCUUAAACUGUUUGCUUUCCCUUACGUUUUAUGUACCAUUUACAACAGCAGAAUGCAGCGCAGUGACCCCUCCGGAAAUCUUCAGUUUCCUUGAAAUUUUACAACCCUUGUUGUCCGUAGGAAAACAGCAAGUGCUGUUCUCUUCCAUCGCGUGUACUUUAAGGGGGUACAUUGUGUUUAUUUUGUUAAGUGAAAAUUUGUUUAUAGUGUUAUCCCUGUGUAAGUGAGUUUUGCUUUUAAGUACGGCCUUCGCUUCUUGCCCAGUCCGUGCAUGUGUUCCAGGAGCUAUUUCAGUCACGAUAUAUGCAGUCUUGGUUUUGCAGUGUAUAAAUGUACCCUCAGCCAAAGCAAUGCUCAAAAUAAUACAUUAUGAGAGUGGAAAAACACCAUCAGGUUAGGAACAACCAAAGGAGCAAGAAGACAGGUAGCGAGCGAAAAAAUCCAAAAUUAAGACUCAAUGUUUCAAGAUGCAUCAUUCUUGACAUAAAAGGUUAAUCGCAUUUACCAGGCCAUUGCGCAGCUCAUUCCGGUUUGGGAACGAUUGGAAGUAUUGCUAUCUCUGCUAGAUGAGAUUCUAGUCCUUCCCAGGCUUCCCGCAUUUUGUUGAGUUGUUUUAGAGAAUUUUCCGAUGGCCAUAAUUUGUAUCCACUGGUGGAGUAAAGAGUCUUAGUCAUCAAGAACAGAAAACACAAUGAUCUCAACAAGCCCUGGAACUAUUAAGCGGUCACUCUCAAGAAAUAGCCAGGUGACCGCUUAAUUGAGGUUGACCGUUUAAAAAAAGGUGAUCAAAAUUUAGCGCGUCAUGGGGCAAAAAUUGAAAAAGAGAACAAAGUAAGCACGCAAUAUACAUUUACUGUUCGUAACAACCUUAACGCGAAAUAUAAGUGGUCACAUGCUCUAAGGAGUUCACGCAUCAACUAACAGACAGCGUUGACAGUUUUUGCAUCUCAUUAAACGUCAAGUGAAAAGAUCAUUUAUGGUCGUCUGUGGUUUUGUGUUAUUUAACUUAAUUUGGUUAAGCACUGUCUUCGUUUAGCGGCAGGAAAAGUUCCUCGCGACCACAAAACUGUGCUCUGCCUCCGGUUGACCACCUAAUGUAACAAGGUGACCGUUCAACAGAGGUGAAUUACAAUAAAAUUAGCCAAAACGGUGACCGCAUAUAAUAGAGGUGACCGCUUAAUGGAGGUUAAAUAUACAGUAAAUAUGUAAAUUUUAGGAACUUGAAUUGUGACCUCUUACUACAGGGUGGCCGUUUAACAGAGGGCCGCUUAAUUGAGGUUUGACGGUAGAAGCUAUCGAGUCUAACCGCACUUAGUGUUAGAACCUAAAUCCCAGUUUUAGCUACUGGUCUGCUGUACGAGAAACAAAUUUAUCUACAGUCACAGUCAAAAAAGACAACAAAAAAAGGCGCUUAGAGUAUGCUAAAUCGCAUAAGAAACCUAAAAUGAUGUAAAUAUCGGGUACCAAGCCGUAGGCGUGUUUAUGUUGGCAAAGACUUUCGAGUCGGCUUAUGACUGGAUGGGCUUAUAAAUAUAUGAAGGGAAAGUAGAAGCAGGAAAUAAUAGUCGAUGUGGCGAAAAUUCAAAUCAGAAUUGAAGUGUUCUCAAUCGUAAAAAGGAAUUGCGUGGUCAAAAAUAACAUCACAGAUCAGUGAAUUAUGCCGAGACAAGUAGAACACAACUGACAACUUCAUAACUGUGACAACUCAACGACUACAACUAUGUAGAAUUUAAUGUUAUCUGUCUUGUCAGGAGGGUUCUUACAUGCGAUGGAGGGGGGUCAUUACAAAUAGAAUACUUCAAUAUUAUCAAGUUAUCACUGGUACAGAGGACGGAUUUAUAACUUCCUGAAUUUUAUGUUAGACUAACUGAAUUAGUGCGAGCUGAGGGCUGCGGUCAGUCUCGCAGCAGUUAGCUGCAAGUCGUAAGCAAGGUUUUCUUUAAGUUGGCAUGACCUUUUAAGAUCAGAUUAAAAUCUGUGUCCAUGAAGGAAAAGUUUUUUAUGUCACAUCUACUUUCCUCGAUAUGUAUCCGAACAAUUGCUCUUGGGAUUGUCAUUUCGCCCACGGAACUCAAGAUAAAGACCGUACCUGUGUGUGGGUUACCUGGCAUUGUCCCAGAGUGGGAGCUUAGCUAAAUAGAAUGACACGUAAAUCAACAUCACCACUGUCAGGUAGUCCUUAUGUGUGUGAUUUGCCUUUAGUGCGGAAUUCACUAAGCGGCGCACAGAAACCUGAAAUUUCUUCUGAUUAAGUUGGGAUCUUGACUUUGUUCAAAGACGUGAUUUAGCUUUGUAAGGCCACUACUGUUAGAUGAGCCUUCUAGCACCAUGAUCCCUAAGUGCUUGAACUCGACUAAGCAUGGUUAUUUUCCCGAAGCACUCAGUUUGGGAUCAUGGUGUUUGAAGAGAAGUCUUACGUUGGCCCAGGUUCGCCCUUUAUAUCUAGUCCGUAAAGCUGGUACAUAAUUUUAUUUCAUGAGUACUUAGUCCUUAGGAGAGACAGCAGGACUUAUUACAGUGUACAAGUUGGAGGUUUGCGCGCGAAGAAUGUGCGAGCGAGGAAGCUCAUGAAAAGCCGUUUCUUCUUCUCCAUUGGAGCGCAGUAUCCUGUGGGUCGGUGAUUCUGUAGGAUUAGGCUGCUGUUUUUGUCGUCUGACGCAGUUUGAGUUGAUAUCUGCUUCGUAAAGAUGCUUCCAAGAUGUUUAACAAGGAAGAGGGCAUUUGUUUUGGUUGGCAGUCUUUUUCUUGUAACAGGUGUGACUAGUAUAUCUGAUGUUAAACACAAAGAUCUUUCACACAAGUUACCAAAAGAUGAGGAGACUGCCUUCGGCGCGGGAUCGUUCGAAGUCCAUUUGGUUUCGAUUCAAAACAUUGGAGGUGAGAAAUUGGACGGAGGAUGCUGUGAUGGGAGUCGCACAAUAUAUCGGGGACAACAUCAAUGCCUGGACGAGUGCGAUACAUUCUUUAGGGUUUGUCUCAAGCAAUACUCCCAGUCUGCUUCGUCAACCGGCGCUUGUACAUUUGGCGAGCAUACUACUGCUGUUUUAGGAGGCAAUUCGAUAACCUUCACGAACACUUCAUCAACGAAUGGUUUUCGCAACCCGAUUUCUAUACGCUUCACGUUUUCAUGGCUGACAACUUACUACUUAAGUCUGGAAGCUUGGGAUGCAGACAACUCAAGCAACAGUGAACUGAUUGACAGAGCAACUCAGCGUGGUACAAUUCUUCCUAACAAGACCUGGGAGACUCAUACAUACAAUGGCCCUGCAGCUACCAUUAGAUACAAGCUCAGGGUGGUCUGUGACGAAAACUACUAUGGAAAGAGUUGCACAAAAUUUUGCCACCCCCGAAACGACAUGUUUGGUCAUUACACCUGUGAUGAGAACGGGAACAAAGUGUGUAUGGCUGGCUGGAGAGGAAAACAUUGCGAGAUAGCCAUCUGUAAAACAGGUUGUGAUCCAGUUCAUGGAACUUGUAGUGUUCCUGGAGAAUGCUCGUGUAGGGCUCAGUCUGGCUGGGGUGGAGAACUUUGUGACCAGUGCCAGUUGUUUCCUAGCUGUGCCCAUGGAACUUGUAGCCAACCAUGGGAGUGCAACUGUCAGCCUCAAUGGGGAGGAUUACUUUGUGAUAAAGAUCUCAACAAAUGCAGAGAGAAACCCUGUCAAAAUGGAGGUAUAUGUUACAACAAUGAGGAAGGAGGUUCAUACAGAUGUGAAUGCCAAGAAGGAUUUACUGGAGUUGACUGUGAAACAGCAAUAAACUUCUGUGCUUCGUCACCAUGUAAGAACAAUGGAACAUGCCACAAUGAUGCCAAUGACUUCCGCUGCACUUGUCCUGCUGGAUGGGCUGGGAAAACUUGUGAAAUAAGUAGAGACUGCCAGACUCAAUCCUGCCAGAAUGGAGGGACCUGUAGCGACAGUGGUCAGGGGUAUAAGUGUCAAUGCCCUCCGGGAUGGACAGGACACAUGUGCGAACAGGUUGUUGAUGAGUGUGCAUCAAAUCCUUGUUCUAAUGCUCUCAAAUGUAUUGACCUGAUAAAUGACUACGCCUGUGAGUGUCAAGCUGGAUGGAAAGGAAGCCACUGUAAUGAGAGUAUCAAUGAUUGUGCUGGUCAAUGUCACAAUGGUGGAACUUGUGUCGACUUGCUGAAUGAUUACAAAUGCAACUGCCCUAGUGGAUUUACAGGAAAGAAUUGCGAGACCAACAUUGAUGACUGCCAAAGCAACCCCUGCUUAAAUGAAGGAGUGUGUAAUGAUGGUGUUCAAAAUUAUACCUGUGUUUGUAAAACUGGAUUUACUGGAAAUGACUGUGGAGUCGACAUCAAUGAAUGCCAACCUUCACCUUGUGUCCAUGGAACAUGCUCAGAUUCAAUUAAUGACUACAAAUGCACAUGUAAUGCUGGAUAUACUGGUAGAAAUUGUUCGGUGGUAUCAACAGCAAAUGUUUGUGACCCAUACCCUUGUCAGCAUGGAGCUACUUGUGUUAAGAAUUCUGAUGAUUCAAGUACUUGUCACUGUUCACCUGGAUACACUGGGGCAUUCUGUGAAACUGACGUCAAUGAGUGCUUAACUGCGCCAUGUAAUAAUGGUGGAACAUGUGUGGAUGCUGCCAACGGAUUCAAAUGUGUUUGCCCAGCGGGUUUUUCAGGAUCAACUUGCCAGAUUAGCUUGAGCUCUUGUUUGAGCUCCCCUUGUCACAGUUCUGCAACUUGUGUUGAUAAAUUGGAUGGUUAUGAAUGUGUAUGCGCUGCAGGAUUCACUGGCGUUAAUUGUGAUUAUGACGUGAAUGAUUGUGGUAGCUUGAAUCCUUGUCGGAAUGGAGGAACAUGUUUGGACAGACUUAAUGGCUAUCAGUGUCAAUGCAGGCCAGAGUUUACUGGAGCUGAAUGUGAGGUCCCUCUUAAUACAUGCACCAAUAGUUCAUGUUCCAACAAUGGUACGUGUAUCCAAGGUUCUGGAGUGUUCACUUGCAGCUGCCUUCCUGGCUUUUCUGGACAGAGAUGUGAAACAAAGAUCGACGCUUGUGACUCCAACCCCUGUCACAAUGGUGCAACUUGCCACAGUCGUUCUGGUGGCUAUGCCUGUUCUUGUGCGGUUGGGUUUACUGGCAGUAACUGCGCUGUGAGAAUUGAUUAUUGUGUCAACCUCACUUGUGCAAAUGGUGGUACUUGUAACAACGGUUUGGUUGGAGCAUCCUGUAACUGCAUACCAGGAUUCACUGGGCAACACUGUGAGGUCAAUAUUGACGAAUGUCUGUCAGGUCCAUGCCAUAAUGGAGGUCGCUGCAUGGACAAGAACAAUAGUUUUCAUUGUGUGUGUCCUUCAGGAACAAGAGGGAGGUUUUGCGAACAGGUGAUUGAUCCUUGCUUGGAACCCUCCUUAGUUAAUGGAUCCUCAGUGCUGGGGGAUUCUGGAGUGUGUGGUGAACAUGGUACCUGUGAGUCACUGUCAGCUGGAAAUUAUCAGUGCAGAUGUGACAAAGAUUACACAGGGAACCGCUGCCACAAAAAAAUUGAUAAUUGUGAAAACAUCACAUGUGAGAACGGUGGAAGCUGCCUUGAUGGCAUUGAAUCGUUUACGUGUGUCUGUGCUGAUGGGUGGGAGGGCAAUUUCUGCGAGCAAGAUAUUAAUGAGUGUAGUUCCGAUCCUUGUCGAAAUGGCGGGAACUGUACGGACUUGAUCAAUGGGUUUAUUUGCAAGUGCCCUCAGCCAUGGAAAGGAAAACUGUGCCAGUCAACUACGUCUCAUUGUAAUGGAAGCCCUUGUCAAAAUGGAGGCAAAUGCACCGACACAGGAGACAACUUUCGCUGUGAUUGUCAGAAUGGAUUUUCAGGAGUGAUCUGUCAAAUAGCACCCAAGCCGUGCUCGUCCAACCCAUGCCAGAAUGGCGGCACGUGUUUGAAUUCAGCGGAUGGCCACAGUUUCUCAUGUGUUUGCUCCGAUGUCUGGGAAGGAAAUCUUUGCGAGAAAAAUGUUGACGAUUGUGCUUCAAACCCCUGUCACAAUGGCGCUACAUGUAUUGACGGAAAAGGCUGGCAUUUGUGCAACUGUGCGCCUGGAUUCACCGGACCAGUUUGUAAAAUCAACAUCAAUGAGUGUAACUCGUCACCGUGCAGCGAUGGUGCAACAUGCAGAGAUAAAAUCAACGGCUUUGAAUGCAUCUGUCCCCCGGGAAAAUUCGGAGCACGUUGCCAGGAUGACGAGCACGACUGGAGGCACUGCCGUCUACCUGGUGGAAUCAUCCUUCAGCGGCACAAUACCGACGUGCAAGAAGACUGCAACACGUGCUCGUGCGUCAAUGGCACACGCACGUGCACUAAGGUCGUCUGCGGUGCGCACAAUUGCUGGAAUCACACUCAAGCUGGCGGCUGUCCCACUGGCGAGGUCUGCGUACCGAAAAAAGCGGUCGACUGCCUUAGUCCCCCUUGUGGUCGAUGGGCCGAGUGUGAAGGCGGGGCGACAAACUCUAAGCAAAGUGAUUCUGGAAUUGGCGACGAAGUGUGUCUUCCUAACAGUACGGACUUAAAUGGCGACUGUGCAAAGAUCCACAUUGUGUUUAGGCGGGGUAAACUUCCCAAGGGAACUCUCGUGGAAGAACUCUGCCACCAGUUACGAUAUUUGCCGACGUUGAAGAAAUGGGCAAGGAAGGGGAACAUUCGAUUACUUUGCGAGGGCCGCGAUAAGGAUGGCACCAUCUCCACUGUCAUUGUAUCAGUGGCCAGUACUCCGCGCACGGAGAUAGCUGGAAAAGCAGCUGAAGAUAUCGCUAGAUUCAUCCGAGCUGUACCUUCUGAUAAAGGCCGUGAAAUAAACAUCACUCUUUACAAUGUACUCAUAGCUGUGGAUGAGGUUACAGUCGAGAGAUCUGUCACACUGUCUUAUCACGAGGAAGAAGCCGCCCCGGAUUAUCUCAUCCCUUUAAUUGCGUCACUUGUUGUGUUGGCUGCCAUUCUUCUUCUCAUACUUUGCAUCAGAGGAAAGUGGCGAGAAAGACGUCGAGCGAACAGAGAAACACGAUUAGCUGCAAGAACUACGUUGAAGAAGAAGAAAAAUGCAACACAGGAAAAGCCAUUGACUAACGCUAGAACUUACUAUAACCAGACUUCCACCGACUCCACAACGUCUUCCUCGACGUCAACGUCGACACAUUCGACGGAGCUAAGAAACUUUGAGUACAAUCGAGCGAGUUUGCUCGACUCAACACCUUCCAUGUGUUCUACACCUCAAGUACUGUCCCCGCCCCUCUCGCCUAAGGAGGAAGGCGCUAAAGAUGAGUGGAGGAGAUUUCGAGUGCAGCGGAACAGUACGCAAAUAGAAAUAAUUGUAUAAAUAAUUAUUCGUGAUUAAUUAUUAUAUCCUUCUAGAAUUCAUUUAGGAAAGGAAAUGAAAAAAUACACUAUUGUUAAUUUAUUGUAUCCACGAAAAAAAGUGUAGCUUUUGAAAGCAAUUUUCUAUAACUCCAAAAAGUUAAAAUAUGGCGGCUGAAAGAAUUUAUUUAUAAAAGACAAAUGUUGUUAAAAGGCAUCAGGAUUCCUGAUGGAGGUUUUGUUGACAGGCCAACGUGUAAAUAAUACAAAAAAGUAUUUAAAUGGUUUUUAAAGCUGUAAAUAUGUAUACUAUUUAAUUUAAUAUUUAAAUGGCCUUGUAGUUCAGCUUGAACUGUGGUGAGUCAAACACAUUCUCGUGUAAAAACUUAUUCAUUACAACGAUUGAUGUUGGUUCUAGUUAGCUGUUAAUUCUUAAGAGUAAGUUUUGGAAUAAGCAUUUUGUAGCCAAAUAGUUUUUUAAAAAUAAGUUUAAAAUAGACCCUAGAGUGUUGUUCUCUUAAAACUGUAACCCUAUGGGGUCUGUUGACAGAUGAAAUUGCCAAAUUAUUUUAUAUAGAACGAGGCUGCAGGCCGCACCGACUGAAAUUUUCUAAAAGUAAAAGUAAAUUUGUUAAAAGUUUGAGAUAGCCCUAGAAUAUUUUUGUAAAUUUUCUCUGUUGUGGACUCCUGCGGUCCAUAUACUUAAACUGCCCAGUUUUUAAGCUUACAUUUGGAUUUUUAUUUAUCGCAUGAUUUAUACAAAUGCUUAAUUAAUGGUCUGAGCCUCGAACAUCUCGCAUCAGUCAUGUGCACAGAAGUCACGGAAGCGUUGCGUGAUCUGUCUCUUUGGGUAGUCACGUGAGCGUUGCGUGAUCCAAAUAAAAACUACAGGACUCGCAUCUAUACUUUAUAUACACGUCACGAGUGUUAAAAAGCCUAUUUCACGAAGUUAAACAGUGAUGAUGCGACAUGUGUUAUUAAGUAUUGUUAAACGUUUACAACAGCUCCAUGUUUGGGAAACUUCUUAAAGUCGUGAGGGUAAAGCUCCGUUGCUCGUGGACAUACGAAGAUCUCCGAAGGCAACCGAAAGAAUCCGAAUAUUUAUUAACGCACGAGCGCAAGAAAAACUGUUUAUUUCCACUUGCAACGGGAUUUACACUUGCAAAUUUAAUAUGGAUGUAGCCAUUACAAACUUGUUUCAUUAUGAAAGCUGUAAUCGUUUGGUUCUGCGUUGGAAAUGUAUCGAUAUAGUAUAGAGAAUAUAUCUAUUUGCCUGUCAACACUGGCUGCAAAAUCUCCAAAGCUUGCUAUGCAAAAAUUAAAAGUUGUUUAAAUUAUUGUACAAGAAGAACUACUCAGUAUUCUGUCAGGUUCUGAAAUAAUCAUUGUGAAGUGCCGCCAUUAAUUGACAUUCUCUCGUCGUAACGAGAGGUUAAUUUGUCAGACCUGACUGAGUUAGUCUGUCAUUUAAGUUCCUGUUCAUUGCAGAAAUAAACACACUUAACGACCAUC